AUGUCAACCAAUCUAUGCCCCGAGUUAGCAGACGCAGUUGUCUAUUGUCCACGUGGGGUUAAGCGCAGAAGAGCUUCUACAAUCCUUAAUCCCAAAUCCUACGUGCAACAAGAGCUUUGGAGGCAAGCGCCAGUUUUGACUGGCAACACCAAGUUUGAGCCACUAGCAAACACAAAAAAUAUUCUCGUUACUGGCGGUGCUGGGUUUAUUGCAUGCUGGUUUGUCCGGCAUCUGGUCCUCACGUACACCCACUACCGGGUGGUCUCUUUCGACAAGCUCGAUUACUGUGCAACGCUCAACAAUACACGAAUCCUGCAUGAUCGACCUAAUUUUGUCUUUGAGCAAGGAGACGUGACUUCGCCGGCUACCGUAAAGCGCGUGCUUCGCAAAUAUAACAUCGACACCAUUUUUCACUUCGCUGCACAAUCUCAUGUCGACCUAAGCUUUGGCAAUUCCUACGAAUUCACCAAUACGAACGUUUAUGGUACACAUGUCUUACUGGAGAGGGCCAGAGAGCAUGGCGUCGACCGGUUUGUACACAUGUCAACGGACGAAGUGUAUGGUGACGUGGAAGUUGGGGCGGCAGACCUGAGUGAAGCAAGCAUAUUGGCACCUACGAAUCCAUAUUCGGCCAGCAAAGCAGCAGCAGAGAUGAUGGUGAGCGCGUACAGAAGUAGCUUCAAGCUGCCCCUUAUCACAGUCAGAGCCAACAACGUAUAUGGUCCCCAUCAGUUUCCAGAAAAGAUUAUCCCGAAGUUCAUCAUGCUUCUACAAAGACAGAGAAAGCUGCUAUUACAUGGUGACGGUUCACCGACCCGUCGCUACCUCUAUGCUGGCGACAUUGUUGAUGCACUGGAUACGGUAUUCCACAAGGGCGACAUUGGCCAGAUUUACAACAUUGCCUCGAAGGACGAGAUAUCGAAUAUUGGUCUAUGUCAUAAAUUGCUGGAUAUCUUCGGCUAUCCACAUAGUAGGGAGGAAGAUGUCGAGGAACGAGUACAGCGAACCGAGAACCGGCCCUUCAACGACCAACGAUAUGCGACAGACGGCUCCAAACUCGCAGCAUUGGGUUGGCAGCCCACGACGACCUUUGAAGAUGGACUUCGAAUCACAGUAGAUUGGUAUCGUAAGUUUGGCGAGGUGUGGUGGGGCGACAUUAGCAAGGUCCUGACUCCAUUUCCUGUAGUGGACGGGCGCGAGAUAUGGACAAAGGAGGAGCACGAAGACUUGUUGUCAUCGUCGUCGUCGUCAUCGUCGCCAUUACCGUAUGAAGGCGAAGUGGGGUCCGAGACGCCGAGGAGUAGAGAUAUGGAAAGAGAAGUUAAAAGAUGA